AUGUACCAUCCUAGAAACUCAGUAGCAAGACUCCCGGCCGAUGUUCUCCUCCAGGUUGGGGAUCACCUUGACGGCAAGUCUUUAGCUCGUUGGUCUAUGGCUUCCAAGGGGACGCAUAGUCUGAUGAAUGGACCUCACGCAUCCCAACACCGAUACACGAUGGAGCUGGCAAGGACAGGGCUGAUCGACGGGCGAUCCGGGGCACCCCACGGAGAGCUAGCCCAGAGACUAGCUUACUACAACCAUUCGUGGAUGAGUGGUGGACUGACUAUCUCGCACUUAUCCCUCCCCCUGGCUGGUCGACAUACCGUCUACAUGGGUAAUCAGAAGACCCCCGGAGGUAAUUCAUUCCUUGGAACUUCCGGAGGUUAUUUGUACCAAGUUACUCGAUAUCAUAACGCCACCUACCUGGACCUAUGGGAGCUACCGUCUCAUCGUAGGGCUGGCUUGGGUUCAUUGCCGCCGAUAGGGAAACGGCAGUUCAUCACACAUCAUGUCAUUCAAGCCGUUGCGAUAGACCCCUCGCAGAACCUUCUUGUCAUCAUGGAUAGCCAGGUACCGGAGACGUGUAUUUGGUUCUUGGACCUCAGAACAUUCAAACCGCACCCGGAGGCCGAGCUGGAAGAUGUCAUGCCUUUUGGUGAUGUCGACGGAAGCCUAGUCGUCUCCCAAUUGGAGAUUUGUGGAAACACGGUCGGCGUGCUGGUAGCUCCAAGGGAAGGGCACAGUUGCCGCUUCCCAACAAGCACGCCCAUGCGGUUCUUCCUCUGGCGAAGUGGUUCAUUGACCAAUAUCCAAGAUGUAGCGGCCCCUUGGGCCUUCCAUUUCCUCAAUGAAUGGCAGAUACUUAUCGCGGAAUUCCGUUAUGGUAGUAACGGAGACAACAUGCCUAUUCUGCGACUCUACGACAUCAGGUAUCCCUCGGCCAGAAAUCGUGGCCAGAAGCUCCUCCUUCCUUGGUAUGGCCCGGCGUACAAGACCCGCCAGCCGACAAAUAUCUCCUUUGUGAAGAAUCUCUCACCUGUUCCUUCAAGCUACCACCCUGUGCAAGCACCUUUCCACCACGACACUGCAGCACAGUUGAUGGGAAUUAAGUUCACCUUCGGUAGCUAUCAGGAUGAACGCCCUUUAGAUUUCCCUCAAGUCGCUCUCUGCAUCCUCAAAGCCUCUGUCUUCACCUCGGGUAACUGCAAGGACUACGACUGGUUCUCCCAGUGCCUUGCCGUGGCCCCGGCGCCCGGGAUAGACCUGGCAUUUGCGGGGAAUCGCCUUGUUUCGUCGUAUCACGAGCCUAAACAAUAUCUCUCUAAGAUCGCGGUUCAAGACCUAACUGAAUUGGCUGCGAAGAACCACCCCUACCCACAGAUUUGGUACCCAAGUCGAUGCGACAACGCAGACAAGUUCAGAGUAUCGCCCUUCGGUCGUAUUAUCAGUUGUGUUGAACCCAGAAUCAAGAAAAUCAUGCCGACUGAAGAUCAUCUUAUUUUACUUCCCGAUAAUGUCAAUCAACUUACCACCGAUCCUCUAGAGGUCCAUGUCGUCAACUUCUGA